AUUAAACACCUCAAACUCGCACUCGAAUGUACAAACGACACCCUCAAUACUAUCGUACAUGAACAACUAGCCAGAACUAUCUUGAAAUCACACUCGACGGCGACCUCGGUCGCGUCCACCACACCGCGCAGUCGAACCAGCCCGGAUCAGAUCACCAAACACCUCCAAGAUUCGUCAUUCGCCCUCUUUCUUGUGAUCGACCACCUCGACCAUGCCCGGGACAGCAGGACCUUUGUCACCGGGAGCGGCUCCCGCAGCUCCCCCAACAAGAGGCGAGAUUGAGAGGAAGUUGUCGAUGAGAUCGGCUGAACCUCCCCGACCGAGAAGGCGCUCCUCCGGUCCGGUCCCACCACCACCCAUAGGCCAAUCAGGCAACGAAUCCGACUCUUCCUUUCAAUCUUCACUCGCCGGACCACCUUUGAUGAACACCGCCGGUUCUCCUAUCGCAAGUGGGAACGUCUCCAACUUGUCAGCUGGGUUGCAUGGAAACGGCGUGGGAGCGUCGGGGGGUUUGAACAUGGGUAACAGCAACCAGAACGGUACCGCCAGCGGUAACAACACCAUCAACAACGGUACCAGUAACAACAAUUCCAUCAUCGGUACCGCUGGAGGUAGCAACCUCUCCGUUCCCCCUAAAGGAGCUUCCAGUGUCCUCUCGUCCAUCCAAGAACGUGGAGAGCGAUCUACGGUCUUUCCCGGCGAACUUGAAGAAGACGACGAGGAUGUCGAGAACGAGUUUGAAGGCGAGCUCGAGGGAGAGGGGACCGAGUUGGAAGAAGAAGAGAUUACAGGGCAGAGAAAGGUGGAUGGGGAAGAGUUGAAGAGGGGGAUGGACGAGGAGAGGGUGAUCAAGAGUGGUUAUCUGUUGAAGAAGGGCGAGAAGCGCAAGAAUUGGAAGAAGAGGUGGUUCGUGCUCCGAACGGAGAAGUUGGCUUAUUAUCGUGAUGAAAAGGAAUACAUGCUCUGCCAGAUCCUCUCCCUUCGAGAUAUCCACAGCGUCGUCUCUGUUCAGCUCAAGAAGCACAAUUUUGCCUUCGGGAUCAUCACGGCCAAGAGGACCUUUUACGUCAGGGCGACGUCGCAAGGGGAAAUGGAGAGUUGGGUUCACGCAGUGAAUGACGCAAGGAGGAAUUUGGCGGAGGGAGAUGAGAAGGCUAGAAGCCCGUUGCAGAUUACAGGAGGAGCUGGACCUGGGGGUUCGGGCGGUGUGAGCAUUCCGGUCCCCGCGGCUUCUACGUCGAUGGGGAACCCGAAUCGAGGGAUGAGCUCGUCCGAAGGGUUUGGGCAAUACGGCGUCUCGCCAGGAUAUACGGAAAUGUCGCUGGGAUCGUACACCCCACAGCGAGGUGGAUCGGUCUCGCAUUCUCACUCGCACUCGCAAUCGCUCGGUGGCGCCAUGUAUGGAUCGCAGCCGCAGACACCUAUAGCCCUUCAUCCUGGAUACUCGAUGCAGGUCGGGGGUCAGCAGCAACAGCAACAGGGGAUGAUCCCAGGGAUCGAAUCGCAAUUGGACAGGCUAGCAGUCGGCGAUCAGAGCAUGAGUCCGUCGGGUGGAGGAUACGGUGGGAGUACGAGCGGAAUGAAUACGCCGACGGUCUCUGAUCGCGCUCGAGGGAUGCCGAUCAGGACGACCUCGGCACAAAGGGAACCUUCGACUUCGUCCGUGUCCUCCAUCCCUGUCGACAACGGCGCGGUGUCCCAGAGCAACACCAACACAAUGACGACAGGGAGCCUGUUGCCGCAAGCCUUCAUCCCUACCUCGUCGGAUGAAGAGGACGAUGCGUUUGCGCCUCGGUCUUUCGGGCAGGGCAAUGGGAACAAUGCCAACAUCGCCGGGAUGAUGGGGAUGAGCCCGACCACGAGAUUUUCGCCCAUGGGUCAUCCGCCUACUCCCGGAGGUGGGAUGGUCUCCCCGAGACCCGUCCAGACGGACCCGAAGAAGGUGAUCCUGAACGGGUAUUUGAUGAAACUCGGAACGAGGGGAAAGAAGACGUGGAGAAAGAGGUGGUUCGUCUUGACCAGCGGCGAGUUGGUCUACACCAAGAGUCACAUGGACACCAAGGUGCACCGACAGAUCCCCCUCAGCAACAUCCUCGAUGCAAUCGAGUUUGAACCCAUAGCAAGAAGUCCGACGAGUCCGAGAAAACCUCGUCAUCUACACCUGGACCGAGAUCGAGAACGAACCCGAACCCGAACAUCAGGCAAGGGGGAAAAGGGUACGGUCGUUCAGCACGCUUUCCAGGUGAUUACACCGCAGAGGACUUUCAAGCUCUGUGCCCCGAGCGAGGAGGAGGAAAUCAAAUGGGUGGCGGCGUUGAGGGCGUUGAUCAACCGGGAGAGAGGG